GGGACGAUGGUACGCAUAUCUGCAGACUUGUAUAUAUAGUCCAUCGACCGUGUCCAACAGUCAUCAUUCAACGGGAUCGCAUCCAAUAAUCAACACUAAACAUGAAAUUCGCAACAGCUCUAGUCAGUUUGGCAGUCGUAGCCCUCGUCCAGGCCGAUGCGUCCAGUGACGAAAAGAAAACGACGAAACACGAAAAGAGAAGUUUGGGUGGCUAUGGAUUAGGACUUUCCGGUCUCGGCUACAGCUCUGGCCUUAGCUACGGAUCUGGUUUGGGCUACGGCUCUGGCCUCAGCUACGGAUCUGGUUUGGGCUACAGCUCCGGUUUGAAAUACCGUUCCGGACUGGGCUAUAGCUCCGGUCUCGGCUACGGCUCUGGUCUGAGCUACGGUUCCGGUUUAGGAUACGGUUCCGGUCUGGGCUACAGUUCCGGCCUGAGCUACGGUUCUGGUCUGGGCUACGGUUCCAGUCUAGGAUACUCCGCUGCCGCUGCUGCUCCCUUACCAACAACCGGCCCCAUUGUCCCGAUCUCUAAAGAAGUGCACAUCAUCAACCGACACGCACAACCCGUGUCCGCUCCAUACCCAGUGCCAGUAACCCAUGACGUAGCCGUCCCCGUACCACAUCCAGUGCCCUAUGCAGUCGACAAACCAUACCCAGUCCAUGUGCCCGCACCAUAUCCAGUUCCAGUCGAGAGGCCAGUCCCUUACGCAGUCGACAGGCCUGUUCCUCAUCCAGUGCCAUCGCCUUACCCAGUCCCGGUAGUCCGUGAUGUUCCAGUUCCUGUGUCCAAACCAUACGCAGUUCCAGUAGUUAAACGCAUUCCUGUACCAGUAUCUACUCCAGUUGUGGUGCCCGCCGUCCAACCAGUCGCACCAUUAGUCGCUUCCAGUUACAGCGCUGGAAUUGCAUCGCCCGCAAUUGGCUACAGCGCCGGAAUUGCAUCGCCCGCAAUUGGUUACAGCUCCGGUUAUGGAAUCGGCCACGCCAGCUCAUCAAUCGGUUACGGACUUGGAUCUUCUGCCAUCGGUUACGGUGCAUCUUCAUACGGUGCUGGUAGCUUGUACGGUAGUUCUUUGGGAUACAGUAGCCUAAGUGCAUCUUCAUAUGGACAUGGUGCCCACGGUUUGGAUUACAAGAAAUAAAACUCUCGAAUAAUUCGCCUACGUUGCACUGACGACGAAUAUACUUAGAUUAAUCUUUUACUGUGUAUAUUGUGUAUACACGUAUUAUGUUUUUAGAUAAUUAUUUCAAUUUUGUUUUUAUAGUUUCAAUUUUGUUAAU